AACCGAUAAAAUUAAAUUCUGUUUUGUUUUUGUUCAUUUUCUCAAACAAAAAUCGAAAAAGAAUCUUCUGCAACAUUAAUUUUCCUGUGUAAGAGAAAAAAAAAUAAAUGAUAAAUAAUCUGUCCACCAUUCUAUUGUUGCUAGUGCCUACAGUAAUCAUAUCCACUACGAAUUAUCAUAAAUCAAAUCAUUCAUUGUUUGAUGAUGAAUUAAACACCAUGAUGUCGACGAUCAAAACUACCGAUAAUUAUCAUCAUCAUCAUUAUCAUCAUCAUCAACAUCAUCAUCAUAAUCAACAACAACAUGAACUAAUGUCAUUAUAUUUGGCUGGAAAAAACUUCACUGAAUCUACAACAUCCGGUACGAUAAUUCCGGAAUUACAUAUGAAUUUGACGAUAAUUGAAAGAUUUAUUAAUAUUGUCAAUGAUAAUGCUAUUUCAUUACCAUCAUAUCCGGAUCGACAAAUAUCGGCAACCGGAAUUCAUGGCAGCGGCAGCGGUGAUGAUCAAUUUCGUAGAAUCGAUCGACUUGUAGAAAUGUCGUAUACAUUCCGUACGGUUAUGGUCGUCAUCUAUAUGUUAACAGCUUUUGUUGCCUUUAUUGCCAACAUAAUGGCCAUAUUAAUAUUAAACUAUGGUCGCCGUACUAGUCGUCAAUUGAAUUUAUUCUUAUCUAAUCUCGGCCUCAGUGAUAUUAUCUUUGCCAUAUUCAACAUUCCAUUUACAUAUAUUACAUUAAUUUAUAAUACAUGGUGGCUACCGGAAUUUCUUUGUCCAUUAACCAGUUUUGUACAGGUAUUGGCACCAACUGUUGCAUUUUAUACACUCAUUGCCAUUGGUAUUGGUCGAUAUUACGUCAUUGUAACUGGACAAGAAUCACUUUUCCUCACGAAAUCUAGCCACACCAAAUUGGUCAUUGCAUUUAUAUGGAUAAUGUCCUGUUUUGUUGCAUCGCCCAUCUUAAUUGCAACGAAAAUUUCACCAGUAAUCUAUGUAAAUGAAACAUAUGUCGAAUGUACAGAAGAUUGGAGUUUUCUUGAUCCUACAAAUAGCCAUUCAAUAGGAACAAUUUAUACGAUCAUUGUAUUCGUCAUGACAUUCAUAUUACCGGUGGUUGCUUUAACCUAUCUUUAUGGUCAUAUUGGUUUGAUUGUUUAUAAACAUAAAUUUCCUGAAGGAAAUGAUAAUCGUGUCACAAAUCAGAAUCUAACUCAAACUAAAGUUAAAGUGCUCAAAAUGCUUUUAUUAUUGGUGAUCUCAUUCAUAAUAUGUUGGAGUCCUUGUCAAAUAUUCUAUCUAAUGCUUUGGAUUUUCGAAGAUAUACGCCAAGAUCCUAAUGCUAUCGAAAUGGAUGAUAAUGAUGAUGUUGUUGCUGAUGCUGCUGCUACUACUGCUAGCUAUUAUUCAAUCAUUUAUUAUUCUAUUUAUUUCAUUUCACAUUGGUUAGCUUGUUCACAUACAAUUAUGAAUCCAUUCAUCUAUUGUUUUUGUAGUAAUAAUUUUCAGAUGACCGAUCUGGCCGACAUUAUUUGCUGUAAAAUUAAUCGCCGUGAUUCAUGGAUGAAUCGAUCGAUGCAUUCACAUACAAAUAAUAAUAAUAACAAUAAUAAUAAUCAUAAUAAAAAAAUGAUAAAAUUCUCAUCGUCAUAUAGAAAAUCUGAUCAACAACAAAAAUGGAGUGUAGAAGAUUCACCACCACCAACACCAUUAGCAUCGCCAAUGAAAUUACCGAUCAAUGAUUCGUUUAUCAUGCUCAAACCAAAAAUUCCGAUAGUAAUAAUAAUAAUAAUAAUAAUUUUUUAACCUAUCAAGUUUGACGUCAAAACGAUAAAAUGGAUUUUUUUGUUGUUGUUGUUGCUUUGUUGGCAACCCUUUAAAAAAAAAUUUCUGUC